AUGGCAAAUAACACAAACUCUACGCAAAAACUGAAAUCCCGGUCGAACUCUACGCAAAAACUGAAAUCCCGGUCGAACUCUACACAGCACACACCCCAAUUCCAAUUCCCGGUCAACAUUACUCAGUGGGUGUGAAAAAGAGAAAAACGUGAGAUAGUGGUUACAGACCAGAAUGCAAAUCCGAUUCGUGCAAUUCCAACGGCGAAUGUACCGUCUACAACCAGGGAGAAAUCAUUGCAAUGCUCGAGUGCACGUGCGAUCUGCUGCACACCGGACAGAACUGUCAGUUGUUCGUGCGCCCCCCGUACGUGGCCAUCGUCGCCAGCCUUCUCGUCCCUCUUGCAAUCAUCUUUUUCUGGUUUUAUUCACGGAAUCGCUUCAGGUACGUAUUCGAAUUGAUAUGAUCUGUUUGCAACCUGGUUUGCAGAGCGAAGAAAGUCUAUACAGCUGAAGAACGUUACCGAUUUGUGGAUUAUGUUCAUCAGUCGCAGCUCGAAGAGAAGCGAAUCCUGCGGCAGCGAUUUGAAGAGAAUCGUCGGAAACGAGGGAUCAACAGAAGAACGACAUCGUCGGAUAAGGAGAAGACGCAGAAGAAGAAACGGCAGACUCCGAAUCCGGAGAAGCAGUCAUCGGUCAGUCCGGCGGCUCCGUCGGUCGGAAGUUUGAUGACGAUGAAGAUGAAACUGAAACAACUGGAAGCCAAGGAAGCGGUUCUGGAUAACGGAGCAAAGACCGGUGCAGCUGGAAAGGCGACACUGGGCGGCUCGUCUAUGAUCCAAGUGAGAACUCUCACGAAUCCGGUGCAAUUGGUCCACGCCCGGUCCGAUCAGCUGGUGCCGCAGGAUGCUCCGUCGGAUCUUCUUGUUAUGAUGAAGAAGGAGCGGAACGAUGCAAGGAAAAUUGAGGCGGAUGCGGAGCAGCAGAUGAAGGAGACGGAGAAGGGAAAGAAGAAGAAGAAGUAG